AUGAUGCAGGCGAUCCAGGGGAGACGUGGAAAGGUUUCCAGAGGGGGCUCACCUGUUGACGCCGCAGGCGUCAAGAAGCGUACCAUGGCGCAGGUCAACGGCUUAAGGCAUGAUGCGCAUGCCCUCAUGGCACUGGCAGCUGCAACUCAGCGCGCGGCAGUACAGGAUGCGCCGCAGCGGCCGCCGCUGGCCCCUGAGGAAUUCCAUGAACCGGCACGGCAGGAGUCGGUCAGUUCUGACAAUGACUACAGCGAGGAGCAGUAUCAGCUCGAAAAGCAGCGUGCCGCUCCACGGGGAAGCGGCGCAGCCGCCGAGAGUGAGGAGGAGAAGAAGGAGAAGAGGCGGCUGGCGAACCGGGAGGCGGCGCGGCGGAUGCGGCGGCGGCGCGCGACGCACAUGGCAGCAGUCGAGGAGGAGGUUGAGCGGCUGAGCCAGGACAACAGCAUGCUGCUGCACCGCAUGUCCCAGCUCGUGGCGUCGCACCAGGCCGUGGACGCCGAGAAUGCGCAGCUGCGCGCCGACCUCAUGAACCUACGCGCCUCUGUGGGUGCCUGCCUGCAUGCGGGCCAGCUGGACAGGGCGGCUCCUGGCCUGGCGGCUGCAGUGGCCAACGGCACAAUCUCACCCUCGCUUGUGGUCCCCACUCCACGCCCCGCCGCAGGACCCACCAGCACUGACGAUCAUGACGAGCGCUCGGCUCCGGUGGCGCCGGCGGCGCGGCGGCUGGUGGUGGAGCAGCAGGCGCGGGCAGGCAGGCAGGCGGAGGGGCUGCCCUCAGGGCAGGCUUCAGGCGUGCCCAGCAGCAGCGGCGGGCAGAGCACCGAGAAUGAGAUGACUGUGACUGAGGAGGAGCGCGCCAAGUACAGUAACAGCACCGUCGCUCGCCCAGACGCCAGCUUUGCCACCUCGGGUGAGGCGCUGCCCAGUGCCAGCCGCACACAGAGGAAGAAGGGCACUGCAUGGAAGGCGGCGGGCAGCUGGCUUGCCGAGGACUGA